ACAUCACGAUGCAGCACUGCCAACCACUGCACCACAGUGCCACUCACCCUCAUAAACCAUGUAAAAUAAUCAGUAAACUACCAGGUUUGUAGUUCAAGCAGGUAAACAUGAUAAUAAUUCCGUUUAAAACUAGUUAUAUCGUUUAAAUGCAAUAUUUUCUCUGUGGCGUUAACAUGUUUCCGUGCUACGAAACAUACGGUAUUUUGUAAUCACGGUUUUUUAUUUAACCCAAUCCGUGACAUCGAAAAGAUAAUAUAUCUACUUGUUGUAGAUUAGUAGUAAUAAACAUAUUGCCUGUUAAUUGGCUGUUUUUAAAGGUAUGUGUGAGGGACACGCCGAAAUGAAUUGUUUGAUCAGGGAAAGAGCAGGAUUGUCUUUACUACGGCUUCAUGACCCUGCACAGAAACACAACCCCCUCAGUUUUUCAGCCUUUUAUCAUGUUAGCUCCUCCUAGCGGAUUAUUUUGAUAUCAUCUGAGGGGAAAAAAUAAUUUACCAGAACAUUGUGCCCUUACCAGAGUGCCCCUUGCCUGGUAAUAUUACAACUUUGUUUUUCGUCCCACUGCCUCGGGGGGGUGAAAGUUACAUUUCACGAAGAAUUUCCUAUGAUUAUUAUUUUUUUAUUCUUUAACGUACUUUUUUUUAAAAAAAAGGACGUCAUUCGUUAACAAGUUCGGUGCGGUUCCUCGACUGAACGAAACAACCGACAUAUCACUAUUACCCACCAUUAAAAAAAAAAAAAAAAAACGAGGUCUGAGAAAUUGAAUAAGAAGUCUUAUCGAACAAAACAACGGACCCGGCGACCCGGAAAAUACCGACGAUAAGGAAAGCGAGCGCUGGCGGGCCGGCGUUUGACCGCGGCCGGGCGGAGGGCUUAAGGAGGGCGCUAGGCCUCGCCGCUCGAGCGAGGGACGGGUCCGACAUGUUGGAAGGCUCCGGCGAGCGAAGCGCCCCGGUGUGCGAGGGCUGCUCUCGUCAAUACACGCUGUCAGAGGAUGAGGUAGUUGGAAACUUACCCCUGGUCCUGGUUUGUGGGCAUGUCUUCUGUUCGUCAUGUCUGUGGUCCCUGGCCAGUAAUGGCGAAGUCAUCGUGUGUCCACAGUGCAAGGCUGAAACUCAGCUGAGUGUUGAUGGGGUCGAAGGUCUUCCAGGAGACAAGAGGAUCAUGGGACUGAUCUAUACCACCGAUAUGAAGAAACAGAAAAGCCAAGCUAAGACUUCAGUCAGUGAAGAACUGCCAGCUUUAGAGAUGUGUUGCCAAUCUGUGCUUUUGAGUGAUGUAAACAAGGAGAAGACUGUAUUGAACUCAGAUACCUUACAAGCACUGGAUGAUGCACUGCUGCUUGCCUCUAAAAAGAUGUCUCAGCUUCAGAGCUUACAUGAGGUUCUUCUGAAUGGUUUUGAGAACCAAGUUGAAAAUGAGAAGGCCAGACUCCUAAAGGAAAUAGAUGAAGCAGUUCACAUGGCAACUACUGCAUUAAACAGAAGAAGAGGAAUAUUAGUGGGAGAGCUGGCGAACAUAAACCAGUAUUUCCCUGCAACUAAAUGUGCUAUCGAAAAAGUGGAAGAGGAGCAAAGGAUUUUGGAACUAGCUGUUCAGAAGGCGAAGCAAGUUCAACAGGUUCCUGCUCUUGGAAGCUACUGUGACGUGGAAAAGGUUGUUGCAACCCUUCAGUCCUGUCUGAGCAGAGAGGAUUAUUUGUCAUGUCUCGGGCAAGCAUCUGGUCUGAGGUCCUGUGUGAAAAUCUUUAGCGUCGCGCCAGAGGAUUCAAGACAGUUGAGCAUCCAAAAGCAAAUGAAGCUCUCUGUGACCCGUCACGGCAACCAAGAACCGCCGUCACAGCUGAAGGACUGUGGGAUGGAGGUGCCUGAACCACCUUCUCAUGAGUCUUUCGGCAGCUCAGAUGUGAUGACCUACAAAAACACGGAGAUUCCAGAAUCAGGAACUGGAGUGAGGUUUCCAAGCGAAAAGUCGGCAAUGCCAAAGAAAACUAAGAAAGCACUGGCAGCAUGUCCCCCUUUAACUUCAAGGAGAGUUUUCCAGGAGUGGGUGUUUGUUACCCAUGUGGUAAACCCCAGCCAUUUCUACGUGAGAAGAGUUGCAGAAACCAAGGCCGCCGCCAGCUUAGCCAAAAAGAUCCGAUUGUUUUGCGAUGAUGAGAAAACCUUCCUGAAUCCCGAUGACGUUCUGGAAGUGGGGACCCUGAUUUUUGUGAAGCUGCAAGAAGAGAAGUGGAGCCGAGCCACUAUUACCGAGCUGGUUCAGAGGUGCAGCGACUGCCAGUCCGUGCCCAGGUGUGCCGUGGCGCACGUCUCUAAACUCCAGGUGUAUUUCACUGACUUUGGCAACACCGAGGAGAUCUCUCUUGCGAGGUCAGAAGACUACCCUGUGGGAGAUGAUUGCUCCAUUCAGGUUGCCAACUUAAAUGAGUGCAUUAGAAAGCCUGAUCUUGCUGUUCAGUCGGAAAUGAGGAGGUGGACUUCGCUGGCAGUGAAGUGUUCACUGAUGAGCAUUGUGCCACAUGACUGGCAGGAGGGCUGGAGGCGGGAGGCGCGGGGGGAGUUCGUGCGCGUCGUGGGGAGCAAGGCCGUGGAGAUGAAGGUGUUCGGAGAGGACGGAGACACGCUGCUGGUGGACCUGCAGAAGUCGCGAAUGGACAGACUGGUCAGUGACAUGCCCAUCUCCCUAAGAGAAUACCUUGUCUUCAUGGAGCUGGCAAGAUUUUACUCUCCAGGUCCUUGGAAUGAAAAAACCUUGAUUUGUGAAAAAAAGUCUGUGCGGUACUGCUUGCCGGUGUACCCUAAGCUAAAUGAGGAGUUCAGCGCGGUAGUGUGCCACAUCGUAACUCCCUCGGACUUCUACGCUAUCCAGUGCAGUCUUGGAAACGUGAAGCCAAUCAAUAGUAUUGACAAGUGGGACGAAGAAUCCACACAGAUGUUUUACCAGCUUGCAGCUGAUCAAUUAGUGUCUGCAAUAGCAACUGGCGUUGUUACCAAAAACCGUAUUCUUCUAGUUGAGUUGUUUGUAGCAGUUGAUGCCGACGAUAAUGUGGAUAUCGGUAAAUAUCUAGUAAUGGAAAACCUGGCGUACUUCAGGAGCAACAGGAUAUUUGAGAGCGGUAAACCGCUGGCUCUUGGAAGUGAGGUCUGGGAUCUUCCAGUUGAAGGGAUUGGAGAAGUCGCAGAGCCAGACCUGCUGGCGGAGGAGCAAGACGGACCAAAGAGCAGUUUGUUGAACCUGGACCUGGAGCUCCCUGACCACUUAAACGACCUCCGAGCACGAGUCUGCCAUGUGACAUCACCAGGAAGCUUUUUCGUACAGCUGUUUCAGACUGACUGUCAGCUUGCCAGGAUCCACGCGACACUGAAGGAGAAGUAUUCCCAUUCCGACAACGUGCUGGUGAAAUGGAAGGAGAACAUGCACUGUGCCAUGCUGAUCAGUGGGGUCUGGGAAAGAGGACAGAUCUGCAGUAUUGAGCCUGGAAAUGUGGCACAGGUGAGACGCUGUGAUUAUGGGAACAAGGUGUCUGUGCCCUUCACUAACCUGAGACCACUCAAACAAGAACUGAUUGGAUGUUUGGCAUUAGAGUGUUCCCUGGAAGGCAUAAGUCCCGCCGGAGAUAGCUGCACCUGGUCUGCCACAGCAUGCGACUUCAUUUCCUACUACUUAACUGGAGCGAUGGCAUUCAUGACCAUAAAGGAGAAUACAACUAAACGGCCAUUGCCAGUAACCCUGUAUUGUUCGAACAAAGCUGGCCAAGACGUCAGUGUUGCAGAUUACCUUGUUGGAGAGGGUCUGGCUUUAAGGGAAAGGAGAUACAUUCCACAUAAAGAAAAGUCGCCAGUGAGUGAACAGCCCAAGAAAAUCUCUUCAGCGGAGGACUGUGUUGCUGCAGAAGCUCAGUGUGCAACCCAACACAGAGCCCCCGAUGUGCCACGGGCCUCUCUACAGACAGCGAAGGCCUGGCCUUACCAGCCCCCUGAUCUCCCUCACUGUGGCUUCACCCAGAUGAUCAUUACCUCUGUUGGGGAUGAUGGAGCGAUCUAUGCAAUGACCAAGCAAGCAGCUUGCGUGUUGAAGAAACUCAAGGAGAGCCUUCAGCAGCACGUGAGGAGCCAGCCGCAGAAGCUGUACAGCUGGAAGCAGGGCGAUGGCUGUGUGGUCGUGGGCUCUGACAUGCUGUGCUACAGAGGGGAGGUCCUGGAAGUGAUCGGUGGGCAUGUGAAGGUCCGGUACGUGGACCAGGGGCUGGUCGAGCACAUCCCGGAUUGCCACCUCGUGCCCGCGGUUCUGCACAGGGACCUGCCACGGCUUUGCAUUCCCUGUCAGCUUCACGGCGUCGCACCUGUCGGGGGUUAUUGGCAGCCUGAUGCUGUUGCUUUAUUAAAAGAAUUACUUCUCCUUAGACAAGUUAAUGUGCAGAUCAUGGAGCGGCCAGCGGAGCCCUGUGGCAGGAUGACCGUGCAGAUUUACUUGGACGCGUUGACGCUGGGCGCGAUCGUGCGGCAUCACCAGCAUGCCCUGCUGUGCCCCUCGGUCACCGAGGCAGAGGGCAAUCUGGUGAAUUCGACUAUUAAUGAAACAGAGGACUGGGAUUUGAACUACGAGGGGCUGGAAGAGGACGGACCUGUGGCCGGGCGAUACACCUACUCAGUGCUGCCACAGGAGGGAGAUGUGUUUCCUGCCGCAGUCAAACACAUCUGCACCCCUGAUGAGAUGUUCCUCCUGCCCUGUGGGGAGGCUCACCGCGCGCCUCCGGACGCUGGAGGAGACCUGGACGAAGCUCUGGACUGCGUCAACGACAGCGCUCACAGCCUGCUGCCGCUCUCCGACUUCGUCUCGGGGGGCCCUUGCUUGGCCGAGUACAGGGACGGCAUGUACUACAGAGCGCAGCUCCUCCAGAUCGAAAGUUUCAACCCCGUGAAGAUCCUCGUGAGGCAUGUCGACUAUGGCUCAGACGAUGUCUUGACCACAGACUGCCUCCGUGAGAUUCCUCUGCAGGUGCUGAGGUUCCCGUGUGAGCUGCUGCAGGUGAAGGUGGCUGGGAUUAAGCCUCCCAGGAAUGAUGGCGAAACUCAGAGACUUCCCUACCGACCAGAGUGGAGCUUGAAAUCCAUGUAUGAGGCGAUCGACCUGCUUCAGGGCAAGCAGCUGACCGCCUACAUUGUGUCAACAAAACCUGCAAUCAAAGCACAUCUAUUUGAUGAAAAUGAAAAAAUGGUUCUGUUGCCACUUGUGGACAAAGGUCUUGCAGAAGCUGAAUAGAAGAGUUGGUGCAGGUAUCAGUGGAAGAUAGUGUCAUUCCUCCAUUCUUUUCAGAAUCUGAAGUGACAGAAGGCUAUUCUUGGAUACCCAGGCAU